CUAGAUAGCCAAGUUUCAAUAGUGUGGCGCAACGUGUUUGUGUUCAUCUACCUCCACGCCGCCUCCCUCUACGGCAUAUACCUCGCCAUCUUCUACGCCAAGUGGGGGAGCAUCCUCCUCGCGCUCGGCGGUCUUCCUAUGUCCGGCCUGGGAUCCUCCGCAGGAGCCCAUAGGUUGUGGUGCCAUAGGGCGUACAAGGCCAAGCUGCCACUGAGGAUCUUCCUCAUGCUUUGCAACUGUUUAUCUCUUCAGAACGACUUGUACGUGUGGACCAGGGACCACAGGCUUCACCACAAGUACUCGGACACGGACGCUGACCCACACAAUAUCAACCGUGGCUUCUUUUUCGCGCACGUCGGUUGGUUGCUCUGCAAAAAGCAUCCCGAGGUCAUGCGCAAGGGAAAGACCAUCGACUGCUCUGACGUGCUCCAGGACCCGGUGGUGGCCUUCCAAAGAAAAUAUUACGUUCCCAUGGUGGCCCUGUGCUGCUUCGCCAUACCCAUCUACAUGCCGAUGGCGUUCUUCGGCGAAUCCUUCUGGAACGCCAUGUUCAUCAACGGCAUCCUGCGCUACGUGAUCAGCCUGCACAUGACGUGGCUGGUGAACAGCGCUGCGCACACCUGGGGCUAUCGGCCCUACGAUCGCCACAUCAGGCCUACAGACAACCCGGCGCUGGCCAUGGCAAUGUUUGGAGAGGGCUUCCACAACUACCAUCACACGUUCCCGUCGGACUACGCCACCAGCGAGUACGGCGACAUCCUGAACCCCGCCACGACGUUCAUCCACAUGAUGGCCAAGAUUGGCCAGGCGUACGACCUCAAGUCGCCGUCAAGGGACGCGUUAAAGAAGCGCGUUCUUAGGACCGGAGACCCGAGUCAAUCCUAUUUCAAGGCUUCAGCAAUCGGGUUUAGCGAAAGGCUCAAGAGUGGUUAG